ACAAACAAAAAAAAAAAAAAAACCAAAAAACAAAACAAAAAACCAAAAAAAGCAAAAAACCCCAAAAAGAACCACCCCAAAACAAAAAAAUCCCAAAACCAACAGCAGUAACCGAAAAAAGCCCCCACAAACAAACAAAAACAUGCAAAAACCCCCGCAAAAUUUGGUUGGUUUGGUGUGUGGUUUUUGUUGUUUUUUUUUUCAGUUUUUCGUUGUUAUUCGGCUCCCACUGCUGUUGUCUCGCCUUUCAGGCGUGAGCCGCUGAAGUGUUAAUAUCGUAAAGAACGCCUCAAUAACGUAAAGAAUGCCUUAAUGAGGUUAUUAUUUAAUUAGGGCCCUCUUACUGUUACUUCUGUUGUUGUAUAGGGGGAACCCAGACUGUCUUCCCCUGGUCUGAUCUGUUUUGGUUAAGGGCAGCUUCCUUCCCUUGGUCACUGCGAAUUGACACAUCUCUGUGAAAUUGUGGCUUCAGACUCACAAUCACCAAAGUUUACCUGGGAUGUUACCAGCAUGAGCAGGUUUGGAGUUUGAGAGGAGGACUUCUAUGAACAUAUUUCAGGAGAAGCUGUGUUUUUCCAUAAUUAACAAGAAGCAAAAGGGAGUCUGGCAGGCAAAGGAGAGUGCAUGCAUGUGUGCUUGUGGUAAACAGGCAAAAAGAAAUUAAAGGAGGCUGAUGAUCUUGAAAAGAAGAGGUGCCUGUUUAUUAAGUGAAAGAACAGAGGACGAGGCCCCAAGGUAGGAGAAGAAGAUGGAGAAGACCUUGAACAGAAUUCAUCCAGUUUCUGAUCCAAAAGCAACAUAUUUUCUACAGGUGUCAUGGGAAAAGGAUUUAGGCACUGGCUUUAGUUUACUUCUUAGUGAUUGUCAGUGUGCCUGGACUGGGACAGUGUCUGAAUCAGACAUUUCUAGGGAGGCUGAUGACAUGGAAAUGAACAGAGAAAAAUAUGUGGAAGAGCUGAGGAAAGCACUGAUAGCUGGAGAAGAGUCAGCUGGCAAAUACAACUUUGUGAUUUCAAGAGAUGAGCAGAAUAAGGCCUGUCACUUCUCCUAUGAAAGGAACCUGAAAGAUGGCUCUUUCAGACUUGGAUCUCUGAAGAUGCAGGAAGUCCCAAACCCAGCAGAGGUGAUCAAAGAACUCAUUGGUUAUUGCCUGGACAGCCUGGGAAAGCUGCAGGCCAAAACUGAGCAUCUGCAGAGGGAAAAUGAAAGGCUUUUCAGCAGCUGGAGCGACGUGGAGAGGAGGCUGGAAAAAUGCGUGGAAGCUAAAGAGGAGCUGGAGGCAGACCUUUACAGCAGGUUUGUGUUGGUGCUGAAUGAAAAGAAGGCAAAGAUAAGAAACUUGCAGAAGCUGUUGAGUGAAGCUAAAGAGUCUGCAGCGGAUGCCAAGUGUGCAAGGGAUAGUACAGCUGCUGCUCAGGUGGUUGUAAAGAGAGAAAACAACUAUGAUGCCAGCACUGAUGAGGAAAGUGAAAAUCCAGCACGGGCCUCGUUGCCAUCAGCUCUGGAACGAAGGGAUUCCUCCCUGCUGGGCAGCCCAGACAUCGUGGACCCAGCUCCCAGGAGAAAAAGAAGGCAAAGGACAGCAAAACCUGCAGGGACAGGAGCCAAGGUGGCUGCUUACGAGGCAGAGCAGCCAUCCCAGGAAAAGGCUGGGCUGGGCUCGCAGGCGACCUCGGGGCAGCGCUGCCCGGACUGGGAUCUGGAAACCCUGGAAAACUCCUGUGAGCCCCAGGACCUCUUCGAGGACAUGUAGCCACCUGGGGGCUGGGCAGUGGGACCCUGCUGCGUCCAGCAGGGAUGAGUUGUGAGCUAAAAGCUGUUUUUUUACAGAGCAAAGCCAAAACCUUUUCUCCGAUGCUGUACACCCUCCCUCACCACGCUUCCUGCAGAGCCCUGGGCUGCUGCACCUCCUUUUGGCUGUCCCAAAUUUGAGUUUCAGGCUCCACGUGCAGCUUCCAUCCCUGCGUGGGGAAGGGAGGGCACUGUGGAUGAGGUUUUGCAUCCUCACAGCCCCUGGUUGUGCUCAGGAUCAAACAUUUCCCAGGCUCCAGGCGUGGGUGAUGCCAGGCCAGAGCUGUGCUCAGCCUUUCCCAGCUCAGCCUUUCCCAGCUCAGCCCUUGGAAUGGAUAAAUCAGCUUUUUUUGAGGUGCAGGUGUGACUUUGGAUUGGUCUGUCCUGAGUCAGAGCAAAAUGUCCUUUCUCCUGAGGGUUCUCUGUGGCACUGUGCUGUGUAAGGUAUUCCAGGAGUGAAGUGCUACUGAAGUUGGUAUUGACUAUGUUUUAACUUUCUCUAGAAACCCACAGCGUUUAAAAUUGUGGAUUUUUUGAUACUUCAGCUUUUUCCUUAUGGCAAUUUCUUAAAAAAAAAGAGAAAAAUAAAAUGCAUUUGCAAAAAUA